AUGGUUACUAGAUUCUACAACGGUGCGCUCUGCGAUAAGGGAGUUCUUAAGGAAAACACCACGUUAUAUGUGGAUGAAACCACUGGAGUCAUUCUUGACGGUUCCAAAAUCAAUGUGAAUAAUGUUGAUAAGCAUAUUGAUCUUCAAGGUAAUGUUCUUGCCCCUGGGUUUCUUGAUAUUCAAAAUAAUGGUGUCUACGGAUUUAACUUUGCCAUUAUGGAAGGUAGUGAACGCCAAUUUACGGACGACUACCAAAAGGCUAUGACAAGAUAUAUGAGUACAGGCGUUACUGGAGUAUGUCCAACUGUGAUAUCUGCAGACAAAACCACGUAUCAGAAGGUUCUCCCCCAUCUAGGUGCCACUAGACUGUCAUCUCAAUGUGAUUCUUUGGGUGUUCAUUGUGAAGGUCCAUUCAUCUCUCUUAAUAAAAAAGGAUGUCAUAACCCAAAGCAUCUAAUUGAAGAUGCGACCAAAGUCACUCUUGCUGAUGUUUAUGGUAAUGACCCAAAGGAAAUCAAAGUGGUGACAGUUGCUCCAGAAAUCCCGGGUAUCUUUGAUCAAAUUCCUCUCAUGUGCCAAAAGGGUUGGAUUGUCAGUGUAGGUCAUACUACAGCUUCAUAUCAACAAGCUAGUUGUGCUGUGGAGAAGGGUGCUACUCUCAUUACUCAUUUAUACAAUGCUAUGCCUGCACCUCAUCAUCGAAAGGCUGGUGUUGUUGGUACCAUUACUUUGGCUGGAGAUAAGGGAAGCCCUACCCCGUAUUUUGGAAUGAUUGCUGAUGGUAUUCAUAUUGAUAAGACUAUGGUUGCAAUGGCAUAUCGUGCUGCACCCGGCAAGUGUAUACUUGUUACCGACACAAUGCACUUGUAUGGUCUACCUGAUGGAGUAUAUAACUGGGAUGGCCAAGUUCUUCGUAAGAAAGGAGCUGUUGUUUUAGUAGAUGGAACUGAAACUUUAGCAGGCUCUGCUACGGAUUUACCAUCAUGUUUACGGAAUUUGAUGGAGUGGGCCGAUCUUAGUUUGGCUGAAGCGGUUGCAUGUGUCACCAAUCAUCCAGCAAAUGUUUUGGAUCUAGAAAAGAAGAAAGGGUAUCUUGACCCUGGUUGUGAUGCUGAUUUGGUGGUAUUAAAUCGGUCUGGUUACGUUCAAAAAGUGUUCAAACUUGGGAACCCUGUAACCGGGUCUAAGGCAAGUAAAUUGUAA